AUGAUCAUCAACGGCACUAAAGAGAUCUCAUACAAAUUCAAUGUUACUGUUUAUGGUGUGUUUGGUGAUGAAGUGAAGUCAGUGUCAGUGAUGGAGGGAGAUUCUGUUACUCUACAAAGUAAUAUUAUUAAACUACAGACAGAUGAUCUGAUACUGUGGAGGUUUGGUCAUGAAAAUUCUCUUAUAGCUCGAAUAAAUGGAGUGGCCAAAGAUAUCUCAAUAUAUGAUGAUGUUCUUGAUGGGAGAUUCAGAGACAGACUGCAGGUGAAUAAUCAGACUGGAGAUCUCACCAUCACCGACAGUAAGACCAAAGACUCUGGAUUUUAUCUAAUGAUCAUCAGCGGCAAACAGAAGAUCUCAUACAGAGUCAAUGUUACUGUCUAUGAUAAAGUGAAGUCAGUGUCAGUGAUGGAGGGAGAUUCUGUUACUCUGCACACUGAUAUUACUGAAAUACAGACAAAUGAUGUGAUAGUGUGGAGGUUUGGACUUCAAAAGUCUGUCAUAGCAAGAAUCAACGGCACCACCACUGAGAUCUCAAUAUAUGAUGAUGAUCUUGAUGGGAGAUUCAGAGACAGACUGCAGGUGAAUAAUCAGACUGGAGAUCUCAUCAUCACAGACAUCACAACUCAACACACUGGACUUUAUCAACUGACCAUCACUGGCAAACAGAAGAUCUCAUACAGAUACAAUGUUACUGUCUAUGGUGAGUAA